AGUCUCGGCUGCUGAUUGGAGAGUCCUUUGAAAAAAGUCCGCCAGAAUUGAGGCGGCAGUCCUCCGCUGAAGCCUCUUCUCUGGUUGGUCGGACAGGAACUCCCUCGCUCGCUCCGCGGAUAUAUAUGUGAGGUUGAAGCUGUGAGCGACACAGUUUCUCUGAGCAGCGACUUUAGAAAACCUAGAAUCAUGAGCGGAAGAGGUAAAACCGGCGGUAAGGCCAGAGCAAAGGCAAAGACCCGCUCGUCUCGUGCCGGGCUCCAGUUCCCAGUCGGCCGUGUCCACAGGCUGCUGCGUAAAGGCAACUACGCCGAGCGUGUCGGUGCCGGAGCCCCCGUCUACCUGGCGGCCGUGCUGGAGUAUCUGACGGCUGAGAUCCUGGAGCUGGCUGGAAACGCAGCCCGCGACAACAAGAAGACCAGGAUCAUCCCCCGUCACCUUCAGCUGGCUGUCCGCAACGACGAGGAGCUCAACAAGCUGCUUGGCGGAGUCACCAUCGCUCAGGGUGGUGUGCUGCCCAACAUCCAGGCUGUGCUGCUGCCCAAGAAGACCGAGAAGGCUCCCAAGAAGUGAACACCUGAGAUGAUCCGACAACCAAAGGCUCUUUUAAGAGCCGCACA